AUGGCAGACAGCGGGAUGCAGGCAAAGACCUUUGGGCGGAAGAAUAAGAAGGGUUUGGCCUUGAACAAGCCAGCACCGCGGCCUGCUGCACCACCAGAGACUGAGAUGCAGCUGCCCGGUGGGAGCGAAAAUGGCCGAUUAGAAAUUGGAAUAGAAUAUAAGUUGGAUCUGAAAAGGGAGGACCUCGAAGUGCUGAAAGAUCUUGGUGCCGGAAAUGGAGGAACCGUCAGCAAAGUUCGACAUACGGCCACCAAUACAAUCAUGGCUCGAAAGGUCAUUCACGUCGAGGCAAAAACUGAAAUGCGAAAGAGAAUCGUUCGAGAGCUUCAGAUCAUGCACGAUACGAAUUCCAUCUACAUUGUAAACUUCUAUGGUGCCUUCUUGAGCGAGAACAGCGACGUAAUUAUGUGCAUGGAGUAUAUGGAUGUUGGAUCCAUGGAUAGAAUAUCAACACAUUUCGGUCCGGUUCGGGUGGAUGUUUUGGGAAAGAUCUCAGAGGCAACUCUUGGAGGUUUAACAUACCUCUACACCAAACAUCACAUCAUGCAUCGCGAUAUCAAACCUUCGAAUAUAGUAGUAAAUUCGAAAGGACAAAUCAAACUUUGCGAUUUUGGUGUAUCUGGAGAGUUGGUCAAUUCGGUCGCAGAUACUUUCGUAGGGACAUCAACAUAUAUGGCACCAGAGAGAAUCCAAGGGCAAAAAUAUACGGUCAAAUCAGAUGUUUGGAGUUUUGGUUUGACAAUUAUGGAGUUGGCUAUUGGAAAGUUUCCUUUCGAUGCUAGCGAACAUUUGGAUGAUGGAGAUGGAGCACCGGCUGGUAUUUUGGAUCUCUUGCAACAGAUCGUUUAUGAACCAGCUCCAAGGCUACCAAAGAGUGAAGCUUUCCCAUCUAUUCUCGAGGAUAUGAUACAAAAGUGCAUGUCCAAGAACCCGGAUGAACGUCCUACGCCAGCUGAACUUUUCGAACGUGAACCAUUCGUUCAAGCUGCAAAGCGGACACCAGUAGAUCUCAAAGAAUGGGCAGUUGGUAUGAUGGAAAGAGACAACCGUAAAUCUCAUCUCGCUCCUCAACUAUCACCCUCUACCCAACAACUCCUACGAUCAAGUGAUUCUCCCACCACCACACAAGAUUCAAACGGCGAUUACUCAUUGCCAACCCCAACAUCUGGUGACAUCCCAAUCGGCGGCGCCGACAUCCGCUCCGCCAUAACCUCCCCCCAACACACCAAAAACGACGGCUACUCACCCACCACCAAAAACGGCUCCAUGAGUCUCGGCCGCGCAGGCGGCGCUGCAAUCCACCCAGGCCUCCCCCCACGCGUCUCAACCACCAACUCCGUCCCACGCGUAACCACGCUCAACGGACCCGACCACAGCGCCUCCAACGGUCCCUCCAGCGCCAGCGCGGCUACCUUCAGCACCACCAUCCCCAUGCGUCCCGCGCCCCCUGGAGGCCCGCUACCUCCGCCUCCGGUGCCGAAGAAGGAGGGUGCCGACUUGGAUGGACGUAAGGAGAGUAGACGCCAGGCGCAUUUUGGGAAUGGGUUGUAUGGAAGCAAUUAUCCGGCGGGCAAUGGGACGGGUCCUUAUUGA